GCCCCGAGCCCCAGUUUCGGGGAUCGGGAGUUCCCUGUCUCCGCCCGGUCCCGGGACAGCGGCGCCUUGAGAGCCGCGGCGGGCUGCGCUCUUCCCGCACCCACCUGCCUUUGCUGCGCCGCCGAGGAGCCAUGGCUGAAGAACGCGCCGGCGCCGACUGGGAGAUCGACGUGGAGAGCCUGGAAGGGGAGCCGGACGAGGCACCUGGCGCUCCGCGAGGCAGCACUGGCCCGGAGGAGGAAGAGGAGGAGGAGGAAGGCGAGGAGGCGGUGGCGGCCGCGGCUCCGCGGCGGGGCGAGCCGAGGAAGCUGAGCCGCACGCCCAAGUGCGCCCGGUGCCGCAACCACGGCGUGGUGUCGUGCCUGAAGGGACACAAGCGGUUCUGCCGCUGGCGCGACUGCCAGUGCGCCAAUUGCCUGCUGGUGGUGGAGCGGCAGCGCGUCAUGGCCGCCCAGGUGGCGCUCCGACGGCAGCAGGCCACCGAGGACAAGAAGGGGCUGACGGGGAAGCCGGCAAGCCUGGAGCGCAAAGCCGUCUACCAGAGGCACGUCCGAACGCCCAGCCUCUUGGCCAAGAGCAUCCUGGAAGGUUACCGUCCUAUUCCAACAGACCCGUACCUGGGAGGGAAUUCACCCCUGCCACCUCCUGUAAGUGACAGGAUGAGAAAGAGACGGGCUUUUGCUGAUAAGGAGCUGGAGAACAUUAUGCUAGAGAGAGAGUAUAAGGAGAGAGAUAUGAUGGAAGCCACACAAGCAGCUGCCCUUUUUCUCCCUAACCGUAUGGUGCGUGGAGCUGAAUACAGCCCGUUUAAAACAGCCUUCAACGCUGCUCAAGCUGACAAUUCAAACAAGGAGUUUUCCAAUUUUUUACCAACCUGCCUUGAUCUAACGAUGCAGUAUUCAGGACCUAGCAACAUGGAGCUAAUUUCUUCGAAUGUCAGUGUAGCUACUACCUACAGGCAGUAUCCCCUUCCUUCUAGGUUCUUAGUGUGGCCAAAAUGCGGCCCCAUUAGCGAUGCUCUCCUCUACCAGCAAUGCCUGUUAAAUGCUACUGCUGUCCAGGCUCUCAAACCUGGGACGGGUUGGGAUGCCAAGGUCUCACAAAGUCAGGACUGCCCAAACACUGAGCAUGACAUCAUGCCUCCAAAGCUGGAAAACUCGUUUGUCCUGACCCACACGCGGGACAUUCAGCAGUCACGUAAUGAAAUAGUGUGCCUUCAUCAGGAAGCUCGUGAGAGGUCAGCUUUCUCUCCUCCAAAAAGGACUUUCUCCCAGAUGUCUGAUAAGGUCUCUCUGCCUCCUCAGGAACAGGCAUCGAGCAAGGUCAGCAAAAACAGCACCAAACCCCCUCCACCGCUCAAGUACAGUGCGUUUCAGUCACUGUUCCAUCAGACAUUUCCUGGGACUCCAACAGCAGAGUUAAGAAUGUCAUUUGUGAAGGAGACUUUUGAAGAUGCUUCUAAGAAAUACAGGGAGUGUGCUGUUAAAGAGAACCAAAAAUACAAGUUUACUGCAGACAAAUGUGCAAAAGACUUCAUUGGGGCCAAACAGGCCACAACAAAACUUUCAACAACUGAGCCACUGUCAUUUUCAGUUGAAUCCAUCCUUAAACGACCUUCUUCUGCUGUUACUAAUGUCUCUGAAUAAAUAAACUUUACCUUCAGAGUAGAGAGUUUCUAAGCUUUGCUUUCGGCAGAAUUGCUCCUGCCUGCCUUAUCUCUUAAAAGAUUUUUAAAGAGGAAUUUCUGCGGUAAAUGGUAAUGCUUUCUUUUAUUUCAAAACUAUGUACA